GGAUAAAGUUCGCGGUUACCUUUAGUUUAAACAAGCGGGACUAUUUCCGUCGGGGGCGGCGGAGUGGUACAAAUACUGCAGAUAAGAGAACAGCUUCAGAGAUAGAAACGUCCUCAGUUCCGAACACACGUUACCCACAACUGCUAUUUGGGAUUCCAUAAUUUAUUCUAUCACGAUGACAAAACUCACCGCACUUCUCGUGUUCUUAACAGCGUUUACAGUUUUUUCAAUACCAAACUCCGUGGCGUUAGAAGUGGAGACAGAUCCUUUACAUGAAGGUCUAGUCGACGAGAGCGUGGUACUUAAAUGUAGCUAUGAUGAACCGGCUAAGUUUGCAGACCAGUAUAUUUAUACGUGGAGUUACAUCACAGAAGGUUCCGAUAAAAUCACGAUCUUUAUAAACAAUGGUGGCGAGGAACAAUCCUUUGGUGAAUACGCUGGUAGGGUUUCAACGGCUGGAGAUUACGCUAGUCUGCAGAUUGACAACCUGGUGAUAUCAGACACUGGCAAUUAUGAAUGCGAUGUCGAUUUUUAUGUUUCUGGAGACCAGGGGGUUGCUACUACUCGGCUCCAAGUCUACCAAAUCGUGGAGAGUGUUGACAUCCUUGAUAUUGAACGCGGCGACUACGAGUUCGUCCAGAGCGGCGAGAUGUACACAGCUAUUUGUGAGGCUGAAAACGGAUUCCCUCCUGCUCGGCUUGAAUGGUAUAAGGAUGACGAACUUAUGUCGAACGGAAGUGAAAGCAUAUUAGACAACAUGGACGGUACUUACAACACACGCAGCGAAGUUAGCUUCAUAACUCUCUUCGAACACGAUGGUGCAGUAGUGAAAUGUCAGUCGAACCAAGAACCGGCAAUUAUGGACGCAUACAUUGACGACUAUUUCAUCUUAAGUGUCAGUGGCGCUGGUAUUACUAGUUUUAGUGUAGUUAUCUUAUUGGUGUCUUUGUUAUUCUCAAGUCUCUAAAUUGUAAAAGGUGCUGCAAAAUUAGACACAGCCCGGCAGAGAUCGUCACUUCUCUCCGUGUCAGAUGUUUUUACACUUUUUGAUUUCAACUCGUGAUUCUCCGAGUCGCAUAGCAACGCAUCGCUUUUGACUGUGUUUACAUUAAUUCAGCUGAUGAAAUAAUAAUAAUUUCAAUAAUUGUUAUAAUGUUACCUCCCUGAUUAUGGUUCGAUACCUUCUACGUUGCCGCUUUGAAUGAAAAGUACAUGUUUUUUUUUAUUUCUUUGGUAGGGUAGUCAUAGUCAAAAUUAUUUAAUAUGGAAUAUAUAGUCCUCCGAAUGUUUUGUCCGAAACACCUCUUUUUCUUGAAUUGUUUUUAAUUAAGUCUCACCAUUAAUUCAAUCUGGGCUGUAGAACAUUACUUUUCGAAAUUUAACAUGUGGACACCACGUGAUGUUGCACAGUUCUCUUACGUAACACUUUGCGUUAUAUAAAAAAAUAAUAGUACACCACGUGACCAAAACCACAAUUUUAUUUUACUUUCGUUUUUCAUAACGAUCAAUCCGUAGCUUAAUUCAGAGUUUGAGCCUUAUGUUUUUACACUUUUUACUAUGAUUUUCACUUGGGUUGGUUGGAAUCCAAUGACCUCUUACGACCUUAAAGAGAGAUUUCAUAUAUAAUUUACGUGGCAAUGCUUACUAUUAUGGCCACGUGGUCAGUUUACUAAAAUCAAGUUUAAACACCAAAGUUUUGUGAGUACCACGAUUCUUUAAUUGUGAAUGAUC